GAGAAAAUUAAAUUAUUGGGUGAUGAUUGAAAACAUUGGAAACAAAAAUUUCUAAAAAUUCUGUUUAGUUUCAUUCGUAUGAUUUUGUAAAAAUAUUUUUUUUAGACGCCUGUUCCGAAGGAUGAAACAUUUUACUACUACCUGCUUAAAUGUUAAAUCAAAAUGUCAAUAAUAGUGACCGAUGCCUUGUACAAAAGAAUGUGGAUACGCCGAAGAUUUUGGAAGCGACUGAUUUUUCUGACUAUAACAUUUGCAAUUUCGUUUUACAUACCUGUUUUUAUUUUCGGCAAUUUGAAGAUUCCUAAGGUUGUGCGCUUAACCGAUUUGAAUCGCUGUCCGGUUUGUUAUGGAAUAAGCAUAUGUCCUGAGCUUUAUUCGAAUCAAAUUGUCCUCGAAGAACAUCGCUGGCAAGAUCUCCUUUUCAAUGUGAAAAACAUCUAUCACGGUUACACCAAAUCAAAUCGAAAAGUAAUAUUAAAGAAACUAGCGUACGACAAACAGUUGGACAAGUUCGAUAACAAUCUCUGUAAGACGUUUAAUUUACACAGUAAUUGCACACCAAUGGAUUUGCUAAACGCUACGAACAUCAAUAAAAAAAUUAUGGAUAUAGUCCAUUAUAACUUGACACGAAAUGUAUCUGUACAGCCUCGUACUGGGUUGAUUUUCUGUCCUUAUCCGGAAGGAAUACAUGACUUCCUGAAACCAAUUUUGAAUAAUAAAAUAGGAAAACAGUACAAAUCUGAUCUUCUCAAUGUUUGGACUAUGGUAAAUCUUAAUGCAGAACCGAUAAUUCUUCAGAUACUCCCAAAGUCUAGAGGCUGGGCUGUCCCAGCAUAUGCCGGAGUCUGCGGCAGACUGGAAGUAGUAGCUGAUGAAGGAGUCCCUCUAUCAGAUCUUGGAAACAUUGCAUGGUAUAGAAAACUGAAGAUUGCCAAACAGAUCCUCGAAAUGGCCAUGGAUUUUACUUUUAAACAUGAUAGAUACCGUUUCUACUUCUUUGACUGGUCAGCUGACAAUAUAGUGGUGAAUGAAAAAGACCAAGUAUCCUAUGUUGACUUAGAAGAUGUCAUUAUUUUAGACAAGUAUAUAACACCAAAAAGGGACCUUCGAAACUGGUAUCAACGUUAUAUAAAAGAUUAUGAUGAAAAUUCUGUAGGAUACAUGUUCUCUAUAGAUUUGAUAUGUAGACAUCAUUUGAGUGAUCAUAACAUUUAUUCAGCAUGUUAUGUGUUGAAUGGUGAUGACAAACCGUUUUUGAAACCAGUACCUGACCAGUUUGAGAAAGGACCGUUUUCAAAGUUGGUUAAUCAAUGUUUGUAUGGACCUGAUAGAUUUAAAGCAGCUAUAUUGUUGCAAAGGUACAUAACAGAUUUAUUAAGUAAAGAAAGCGUUUCUGGGUUCGGAGCCGUCAGAUGAUCUUAUUGUAAGUCUUAAGAAAUGCUACAGAGGGAACAUUGUUGAAUAAACAUGAAAUACCAUAUGGGCAGUAUGACCAUACUGGCAACAUGAAUGUUGGUGUUGAGUGACUCUACCAUUUCAUUGGCCAAGAGUAAUGGUAGAGAAAAAUUGGUGGGUUUUUUUACUAUUGUAAGAAAUGCAUGACGACCACAUGACGACCCUUCAAGGACUUAUUAAGUACUGUUACAAUUUGUGUUUUCGAUUCACCUUAAACAGUUUUUUUAUUAAGACUGUCUGUUGUUGCUGAUUGUCUAUUAAAAAUUACGUUUAUUUGUUCUGGUAUGAAUUUAGUUUUAUUUUUAAACUUCUGUACCUAAUUUUUUGUUCUUAGCUUUUCGUGGUUAGCGUUUCAGCCACUGUUACCAACAUUAUUUUUAUUUCUCUAUUCCCACCUGUUCUGUUGAGUAGUUCUGUUAUUGAACAGAGCAACAGAACUAUAAAAGACACAAGUUUAUGAUAAUUUUUGAAUUUAUAAAUAGUGCCUUUGUACUAGUGUAACUUGUAAACAACUAAUUUCUGUAGUAUUUAUUGUUCUUGUUUUCUGUAAAAGUUUAAAAAAUAAAUUUAAUUUGCAUCAAUGUCAAAUUGUCAAACUCAAUUUUUUUCUUUUGGCUUUUCUAAAAGGGCUCAUUCAUUAUCCUGCAUCGCGUAAUGCAGGAUCAUGAAUGUAGUCGCAGCGUGCAAGCCAUCCUGUAAACCUGCAAAGAGUCGUGCGAGAUUCCAUACUUAGGCUAUAUGCAGGAUAGUGCGUGAGCAGUCUCCUACUUGCGCGGAGGACUGCUAUGCAGGUAAUGAAUGGGCCGUUGUUAUCUGAGGUCAAACUAUGCUUUAUAAAAACAAAACGAACAAAAAAAAGUAGAGUUGCAUACUGUAGGAUAUUUUUAAAAAAUCGCUCUUUUUUUAGACAAAUAAAUUGAAAGAUUUCGUCAUAUAUGUACUUUAAAGAAAUAAAUUCAUUAAUUAAGUCGAAGUUUUUUUAAGAAGUUUUUAAGCAUUGCUAAAUGCCUAUGCCUAAUAGGCCCACUGGCCCACCCAAUUCACUAUCGAUUGGGGAGAAACCCAAUCGAUAUUGAAUUGAGUGGAGUGUUAGAAUGCGCAAGAGGAAUAUCAAGACUGUAGAAAGUGUAAGGAUGUAUUUUUUUUAAGUUUUUGUUAUGUGAAUAAUAAAGGAUAUG